AUGGCAACCUGCGAUCUACUAUUGGACAGCAAGGCUGGGAAUACUCAAGUGCGCACUAGUCAUAUGAUGCUCAUGUUCACCAUACGUGUUGUCGAGUCGCAAAUGGACGUUCUCUUCGGACCAGAGUUCUCGGAUCGAAUAGAGAGUGUCCGAAUGCUAAAAGACAAUCCGACGGAUGAGUCGGGAGGUGGGAAACAGGACUACUGA